CCCGCCUAUAAGAGCGGCUGCGAGCGGGAGGAGGUGUUUAGACGGUUGUGGGAUGGCGAUGGUGGUGUUUAGGCGGAGGUUGUGGUCCUGCGGCGUGAACCGCCUGGCAGCAAGGACUCCCGCCGCCAGGGUUAUAGCCAGGCCUAUGUCAUCCACAGGCAUUCCAACGGAUGAAGAACAAUCAACUGGACUUGAACGGAAAACAUUGCAAGCUAUAAAGAAAGGGAUGGAUCCCUACAGUAUCUUCAAACCUAAAGAGUAUGCAGGUACCAAGGAGGAUCCUCAUAUUGUUCCUGCAACUACUGACAAGAGGCUUGUUGGCUGCAUUUGUGAAGAAGACAACACUGCAAUCGUUUGGUUUUGGCUGCAUUCAGGAAAUCCCCAGCGCUGUCCGUCCUGUGGAUCUCACUAUAAACUCGAGCAUCAUGAACUUCCUCAUUAGCUCUGUAACAGUUGCUUUGUGUCUCAUCCCUAAUUUACUUAGUGAUUUGAUCUAUUUUUGUUUCAAAUGCAGAUGUGCACUUUACAUAAUAAAAAGCAUCAAAUAUU